CAUCCUCCGAAAGCACCCGUUCCGGAUGAAACCGGUAUACCACGUCCCUUUUGAACGAAACUCUGACAGAGUGAAAGACCAACGAGUGGAAUAUGUUCAGAGAAUCUUUGAGAUUGAAGGCUGGCCUGUUCCCCAUGAAAUUAUCUUUGUAGAUGAGGCUGGUUUCAACCUGACCAAAAGAAGGAGAAGGGGGAGGAACAUAGUUGGCCAUCGGGCUAUUGUAAAUGUCCCUGGUCAGUGCGGAGGGAAUGUCACUAUGUGCGCAGCCAUCAGCCAACGAGGGGUACUCCACCGCCAUGCCAUUUUAGGACCCUAUAACAAUAUGCUCCUCCUUGCUUUCCUCGACGGUCUAAGAGAGCAUAUGUUCCAGUUGGACCACAAGGAACCAGCACAACCAGAGGACCCUCACUACGUUGUUGUUUGGGAUAACGUCAGCUUCCAUCACGCUGCUCUGGUUCGAGACUGGUUUACCAAUAACCUGAGAUUUUCAAACAUCUUUCUGCCUGCAUACUCUCCCUUUCUAAACCCAAUAGAGGAGUUUUUUUUUUCGGCAUGGCGGUGGAAAGUGUAUGAUCGAGAACCUUAUAUGUGUGUUCACCUCAUCCAGGCCAUGGAAGAAGCCUGCCAAGAUGUGUCAGAUGCAUGCCAGGGGUGGAUCAGGCAUGCAAGAGGAUUUUACCCCCGCUGCCUGGCUAGGGCUAAUAUAGCCUGUGACGUGGAUGAGGUUCUCUGGCCUGACCCAGACCAAAGACGGGAGGCUGAGGCGGAAUAAUCUUUUUGUUGUUGUUGUACUGUGUAGUACAUGAAUGAAUAAAAAUGUGCCAAUGUAUCCAUUGGUUGUGUCUUUUGUUCAUCAUGUGAAAAGGUUUGUGAGGAGGGGAACCACAAGUAACAUAACUUACCAGUUUUGGAAAUGUUGUUUUGAAUUUAUUGCACCAGUGUGUUAGACUAUGUUGUAGUGUAUGUGAUUUUGAGGGCUUGUGUGUCCUGUCUGAGGGCAAAGUUUGAUUUUUCAGCAAGAGUGAAUGGUUUUGAGUGUAGAGCUUCAUUUUGACCUGAAAAUAGGUUGUUUGGGAAACUGGGUGAGACGUUAUGGAUUUGUGUUUAUAGUUUUGAGAAUACGAGGCAUAGUUUCAAAAAACGUGUUUAAGCAAU